ACUAAACUGCAUCCUCCUCCAAUCCAUGUGACGAAGGCCGGCAGAACUUGGGGCAAACGAUCAUGCGGCUCACCUGAUGAUAAGUGACUACCACCGCCCAUGGUCACCCACAACACCUACAGCAUUGCAAGUGUGCUGCCGGCCUUUUAAAAAGGAAUACUUAUGCUCUUUUUUUGAAAGUUAUAUUGUCGUAUUGGUUCGGAAAUACUGCUGCUGGAAGUUGAUUCCAAAGAGUGAUUGUACGUGGGAAGAAAGUGCUUUGAAAAACGCACGGUGGAGGACCGCCACUCGUCCAGAUGUUUAGAAUGAAAUUUUAGUUUAUGGCGGGUUGUACGAUGGUGAAAAUCAGCAGCAGGUAUCAAUCCGAACAAUUCUUCAGAGCACUCCCCAUGAUAAAUUCGGUAGAAGAUGCACAGACACGCAACAUCUCUACGCAGUUUCAGUGGGUCGAGUCGGAUAGUAAGACGCCGAUCGUCAACAAUUCGAGCUGCCCGACUUUGAAUGCGGUCUAAAGGAAGAAGUUGGUACUGUGGCGGUCCUGUCUACAGUCAUUUAAUUCAGUGGGAAUGCCAGUUUACAGUUGCUAUGAGUGCACAGCUCUUGCAAAAAAAUACUAUUAUUUCAAGGAGCGAUGCACAAGGGGACAAGCAGCUCUGUAUGAUAUAUUAUGUAGAUCUGGAAAGAUAACAAAGACUGAUAUUAUGUGUGUAAACAGACAUGAACUACACCUGCAGUCUAAUUUAAACAUUACAAAGUCUUUUGUGGUGGAUGUCUUAAUAAACUGUGACUUUAGUGAAUUGUCAACCAUAGAUAACCCAGAGGAAAUUAAGCAGGAACCAUGUGUAGAAGAAACUGCACAACCAUCCAUAGUUAAUAUUGAAAUUAUCAAAAAUGAAGAAUCUUGUGAUGUAUUUUUAUCACCAACAGUAUCGUCUAGUGAAGACGAUGAACCUUUAUCUCUACAUAAGAGUAAGGAUAAAGAAAAAAAGAAAGGAAGGAAGAAGAAAAAGGCUGUGGUUGAUAAUUGGAAUAUACCUGAUGAACCCAACGGGGCUUCCGAAACGGAUGUAGCACCGGUGGUGCCGAGGAAACGAGGCCGUCCGAAGAAGUCCGAAACGCAGCCGAAGCCGCGGAAAGCCCGCCGCGCGCUCAACGCUGAGGGUAUACCGUCUGACGAGGAUGACCUGGAACAGUACGUUACUGUUAUAAAACUAACGGAACAAGAGCAGAUAGACGAGAUAACCAAACGUCAGGAGUCAUCCAACUAUUUGAACGCGCCGUACCGCUGCGAGCUGUGCUAUAAAGGAUUCAUAGAAACCCGCGCGUGGAAACACCACCUCAGUAAGCACGACCCCUCGGCCGGUGACAUAGAAUGCGUCGUUUGCAAGUUCAGGUUCAAAACGAAGCGCACCUUGCAGAAACACGCCGCGAAUCACGAGAAGAAGUACGCCUGUAAGUCGUGCCCCUACGUAUCGAAGACAACAACUCAGGCGAAGCAGCAUCAAAGGUGGCACAAAGGCGUCACCUACAAAUGUCAGUACUGUGAUGAGGUUUCCACUAAAUGGACAUCGUACUUGAGCCACGUGCGAAUCAAACACCCGUCGGAGUUCAUCUGCGGCGUGUGCGGCUACUCGUUCGUGAGCAAGCUCGGCCUCGCCAUGCACAAGACCAUGAUGCACAAGGAACAAGCGCAAAAAGAGCAAGAAGAGAACGGCGACAACGAAGGAGAAACACAGUAUUGCAAAGAGUGUGACGUGAAGUUCGUAUCAUUGGAGGCAUUCAAGAGGCAUAUGGUCACAUCCGCCAAGCAUGCGCAGAGCACCAACUUCAACACGGGCUGCCGCGUGUGCGGCGAGCGGCUGGAGAGCGCGGAGGCGCUGCGGCUGCACCACCGGCGGCUGCACGCGCGCCGCCGCCCGCGCAACUACGGCAAGAAGCCCGCGCCGCACCGCUGGCCCGCGCCUUGCGACCACUGUUCGGAGGAGAUACCAAAUGCGCGUGAAUACUGGACGCACUUCCGGCGGGCGCACCCCGACAAGAAGUACCCCAUACAGAAGAAUUACAUUUGUGACAUCUGCGGCAAGGGAUUCCGGGGCAACGCGUUCCUGGUGUACCACAAGCGCACGCACUCGGAGGAGCGGCAGUUCUCGUGCCCGCAGUGCGGCAAGGCCUUCCACAACCGCACCAACCUGCACAUGCACCUCAAGACGCACUCCGACCUGCGGCCCUACCCCUGCGCGCUCUGCCUCAAGGCCUUCAAGUCCAAGGGCGCGCUCGACCGCCACUUCAGGAGCCACACGGGCGUGAAGCCGUACUCGUGCGAGGUGUGCGGCAAGGCGUUCGGGCAGUCGAACAGCCGCAAGCUGCACGUGCGCACGGUGCACCUCAAGCAGCCCGCGCCCUACCUCAGCCGCGCGCGCCAGGACCGCCUCGAGCGCCGCUCCCGCCUCGCCGCCAAGGACGUGCAGCCGGACGCCGCCUUCUACUGAGCCCGGGGGAGAAGGGAAUCUACUAUAUCAGGUCGACCUUCUCGUGGUUUCCCCUGGAAACCAUCGGGAUUGAUGGAUUAUUGUUAGAUUUGUCACGGUGGGCUACCUGACCUGCUUCAUCCUCACUUGUCAUCUCUUAUUGGUGCCCCGCCAGUAUAUACCGAAAGUGCAGACGGUGUUGCCAUUCCAUUAGAAAAAUACACCAGGAGGUCGACCUUCACACGAUUCCCCUUAGAGACCAUCGUCAUUAACUGAGGCCUAUAAAAUCAAAGACAGCUGAAUCCAAGUCUAUCAAAUGUUCAGAAAACUACAGAAACUAAUAUUUUGUCAAACAUAUGGAAUGAUAUUUUAAAUCAGAUUGAAAAAAAUUUUAGUAUUAGUAAUAAUUUGAACUUGAAUUAAUAGAACUCCUCCUAUAUUUGAACACAGAGUGAAAAUGAAAUAGAUUUUAUGGCGUUUAGCUACCUUUAAUUUUAUAGACCUCAGUUCUUAUUGAAUUAGUUACCACGGGCCAACUGGCCUGCUUUCAUUCUCGACUAUCAUCUCACUAAUGUCCUGCCAGUUUAUACCGAUAGCAGAGAUGGGAUCAAUUCAUUUUCACCCAUCAAAAUAAAAAGUAAAUAAACACUUAUAACCUCGUUUUAACGUAGCAUGAAAAAGCAAUUAAUAAACCAGUACAGUGCUGGCUGCACUGCUGAAAAUGGAACUUUCGGUUGACCCCAUUCAUGGAUCAUAUUGUCUAUACUAUAGACAAUAUGGACUCUAUAGAAUAAUAAAUGGAUGAAAAUGGAUUCGUAAUCUGCUAUCGGUAUACGUCGGCAGAGCAACAAUGAGAGAUAAUAGUCGAGAAUAGAAGCGGGCCAGUUAACCUAUCGUGACGAAUACAAUAAGAAUUAAUCACGAUGGUUUGAUGAGCAAAUAUAAAUUCGCUCAGAAUAAUGUGAUCACAUGUUGAGCUAUUAUAAAAAAAAGUAUACAAUUGGAUCGAGUCAAGCAGAGAACAUCUCAUAUGGAUACAUCCCAUUUUGUGUGGCUGUUUUUUGUGUAACUACAUACAAUUGUGUUCAUGCCAGAAACUUACCUAACAUCUGAAUUGUCUAUUUUCAAUAUUAAAAAGAGUUUAACUACUGAAUUAAAAAUUGUUAUUAUUGCAUUAAGAUGCAUAUUGUAUUGUACGUUUAUAUAACAGGCAUAUUAUAUAUACCAUCAAAUUCGUAGCCUGUCAUCUGAAUAAUAUAGCCCGCCAUUAUGGACAGGCGAACCUUUGCUCUGGGCGUAGUGCCAAUUUUUGCACGGGUCAUUCCUGUUUGUAUAAGGAAACAAAGCAAAUAGAACUAGAAUUUGAAACAUUCCUUUUUUUUUUUAAUUUA